CUCCAGCAGGCGGCAGCAUGGCAGCGAUCUGAACUUGAAUGUUAUCAAGUCUAAUGACAAGACGUCCACGCUGAGGAAGCAACACUGAUAAUGGAGAACGUCUCUCAUAUUUUACUUGUUUUUUUAGUGACUGAAAUGGCCUGACGCUGCUAACACGAUGGCAACUCCAGCUGUCCGUCUGUUCCACCGGUUAGAGGGCUUGUUUUGUGUGUACAAACCCCCCGGUGUGCACUGGAAACUCGUGCGGGAGGCCAUAGAGACUAGUCUCCUUAAAGGUGUAAACGCUACAGCUCCUCAGCCUGUCCCUCACGAGGUGCGCUUUUUGGUGGAUGGAAACAGUGAGACUAAAGCGUCCAAAAGCCUCACAUUGUCUGCAACUUCGGUGCCUGCGCUUUCCAAGCACCCUCUGGCGACAGGACCUGAAUUCAAACGCAUUCGUGUGGGAGUAGGACAUCGUCUGGAUAUGUCAUCCUCUGGUGUUCUGGUUCUUUCUGUUGGGAAUGGAAACAAAGUCCUGAAUGACCUUUACGGGACAAGAAUCACCAGGGAUUAUACAUUGGAAUGUGAAUUUGGGACUGCAACGCAUGACUUCUCUCACACGGGUCGAGCUGUGGAGAGAUCUACUUAUGGUCACAUAACACAUGAUAAGCUGGAGAGGGUGCUUGCAAUGCUGGAGGGAACCAAUCAAAAGACACUGAGAAUGUACUCCAACGUGGACAUGAGUUCACAGGAAGCCUAUGAGAUGGCUGUGCAAGGUUUACUGGGCCCAGAUGGGAAAUCCUCUCCUGUUAUGACAGGCUUGCGUUGCAUUCACUUCCAGCCCCCCAACUUCACUUUAGAGGUGCAGUGCCUAAAUGAGACUCAGAAGUAUUUGCGUAAAGUUGUGCACGAGAUAGGACUUGAACUUCGCAGCACAGCACUGUGUAAGGGAGUGAGACGCACCAGGGAUGGACUCUUCACCCUGCACGAUGCCCUCACCCAUCACCACUGGACAGCUGCUGAUGUAAUGGGAGCCAUCCAACAAUACCACCGCUCCAAGAAAAAUAGAAAACAUCUCAAGUUACCUGUAAACAAACAAGCAUUACAAACACCUGAAGAAAAUGUGACUGCCACUCAACAAAGCAAAGCUCAUGAAGACACAUUGGUAGGUGCACCUCAGUAGCUUGGUGCUAAGAGUGAGAAUGUGAGUUGCGACUGGAUAAAGAAGAAGAUGGAACAGGACUGAUAUGCUCCAAUUAUGGGUUGGUUUAAUAAGUUGACCUUCGUAUACACAGCCUGGCCUUUUUGUCUCCAUGUAGGGUUCUCUAAUUUUUCUGGCAGUAUCUUGUCAAUGGGAGAGUCCAAACACUCAGUGCAUCUCAGUGUGGGUCCGGUCUGGAGUUUGUGGUGGCCUGUCCAUGAGGUGUUGAUUCAUCCUCCCCAAACCACUCUUGCAUAAUUUCACUCUCCAUAGUUUUUCUUUUUUUCUUUAAUAAUUUAUUAUUUUUCUUGAUUCAACCUAUCUUUUCCAUGACUGCAUGAUUUGUUUUCUGGGAUGUUUGUUUAAGAAAUG